CCGGGUGAGAAAUGGAGCGUACCCAUCGUGACGUACAGGAAGUGCCAGAGGAAGCCGAUAUUGAGGAGGGCAGGCAUCAGGAAUCAUCGGACUGACCGGAGUUCUGCUGGUUUGGACUCACUGGCAGCGGAACCGAGGCGUUCGGACCAGAGGAAGUUCCAGCAAACACCUGACCACUCUUCUCCCUCCUCCGUGCUUUAGCGCAGGGAUGGCGCCGCGUAUUGAUGACGUCAUGCGGCUGUGCUGUGAGCUGUCGGCUCAUGAUCAGAUCAAAGUGGCGGUGAAAAGCUCGGCCAAAGGAGCGGCCGUGGCGGGGGGCACCGCGUUUGUCGGGGGGCUGCUGGCUGGACCUGCAGGGAUCGCUGUCGGUGGAGCGGUGGGGGGUCUGCUGGGCAGCUGGAUGACCAGCGGUCAGUUCAGGCCUCUGCCUCAGAUCCUGAUGGAGCUUCCUCCGCAGCAGAGGCAGCAGCUCUACGCACAGAUAAACGACUUGCUGGGCAGCCUGGACUGGAUGGACGCAGCGGAGCUCGUCGCUCUGGUUAUGGGGAACGCCACGCUGCAGCAGCAGGUCACCGCCGCCCUCAUCAGCUACGUAACCAAGGAGCUCAGAGCAGAGGUCAGAUACGGAGACUGAGCUUCAUGGAGGAGGAUGGACAACCUGGGAACAAUUUUUUAAAUUGAAUUGAUUCUGAAUGUUUAACAUUAGGGUGAUGGGACCGAGGCUUUCCAGCCUGAAAGACUUUGAGCCAGAAAGCUACUCAGCCAUUAGGAAGCAUUUAAUGAGUCUUAUUUUUCUAAAUAAACUGAAACAUGUUUUAGUUUCUCUCUGAAAUCUGAAUAAAAACAUUUUUUUUUAAA